AUGGCCGUUACUUGCUAUCCAUAUUCCCCACCUCGCGCCGUGUCCGUGAGCCCUGCACCACCCGCUCAGACCAGGGCGGAGAAGAAGGCCGAGUACGAUCGGUGGCAAGCGGAGACCAGAGCUUUCGUUCUUCGAAGGGCGGAACGACAUGCCAAGCGGACAGCAAAAGCUGCAGACGCCUCUAAUCUGAGCGAGGAUGUCGCGGACGGCGAGAAGGGAACGAACAAGUCCGAUGCAACCGUCAAGACUGGCAAAGAGCACAAGAAGGCGUUGAAGCCCGAGAAAGGCUCGAAGGUGGCGAGCACGCCCCGCAUCCCUGGCACAACCGGCAGUGGGGAUCACAAAUGUCGCGCUGAUGUCGGAGGCAAGAGCACGGCGAUCAGUACCACCGAUGAAGCAGCUGCAUUGAAACGCGAGGCCCUUGCACCCAGUCAACCUGACGGGAAGGCAACUGCCAGACCUGCGAAUCCCCCUCCUGAGCUCCGUCUCCUUCCACCUGCCCCACCCAGAUAUCAUCGCUUGAGAAUUGAGCUGGAGCCUGCCCGGGCUUCACCAGCAUCCGGUACCUUCCCGGCGGAGAAGGAGCAUGAAGCUGAGCUCGCGCAGCCAGUGCGCGAAGAGGUGGCCAUGAUAACGAGCACAAUACGCAGCUGCAAGAUUCCUGUGGAACGAUUUGGUAGAGGCCGAGAACAACGAGGCAACAGGCUCAUUAGAAAGAUGUUGGCCGACGCAUUCUGGGCGAUGUACGACUGGUCAGCUCCUGGCGCGGACGCACACCUCCAAGUGAUGCCCUUGAACGCGAAGAUGCAAAUACGGGCUCACUUGGAUGCCAAAGCGGAUGAAGCGUGGCGGGCUAUGCACGAAGCCAGGGCUGAGGCCGAAGCGGCUGCUGAGGGGACGGUCGACGCGAGCGGAGCGGUGACAGAGCAUGGGAGAAAGCGCGAGGAUAUCGCGGCAGCUGCAAGCGACCUUGUCGAAAAUCAUCUGACGAACGAUGAGUCUGCUGGACGAGCAAAUGAGCAUCCCUCUUAUGACUACCCCAUCGAUGUGAAGUGGACGCGAGAGGGGGUCGAGGAGAUCCUGGCCGCUGUUGGCUUACAAUGCAGCCCUCUACUACAGAGAGACCCCAACGACGCCAACCGGUUGCAGAACCAGGAGCCACGCUAUCUGAUCUCCUGUCAUGGACACUUCCUCAUCAGGCACGAGUCGGUCCUGGAGUACAAGCCAAAGUGGAUGAUAGGGUGGGACGACCUGUUAUUGACAAGUGUCAAGAACCGGAUCUUCGGGAAGAUGCUGAAACGAAGGCUUGAAGGGGGGUAUCGUGGCGCUUUGGACCCCUCGGAGGCGGCUGCGUCAGUCCUGAGCGAGGCAGUUGAGGCUGUGAACCCGAGGAACCUGCCGGUGUCAUCCACGGUCCAGCCCUGCCUCAAGAACUUUACGAUCCUCGCCAGAAGUCCGACGCGCACGCCUGCUUCCGUGUUAGGGGCGUCGAAAGGCCAUGCUUCUCUGCUAAGGUCUUUAAGAAUGUCUUGA